AUGGCAUCUCAGCUUCAUAAAACUUUGUUUUGUGCCACUUUGCUGCUGCUGCUGCUAUUGCUUCCCCGUGUUCCUCUUGUCAAAGCUUCACUCGGAUCCCAAGGGAGCGCGUUGCUCCACUGGAAAGCCACUCUUAGGAGUCGUCAAUCACUGAGAUCUUGGAACCUCAAUUCUAGUCCUUGCAAUUGGACCGGAGUUACAUGCAACCCCGUCACAGGCAGAGGGCGUUCGGUGAUCACCGAGAUAUCACUACCGAGCAUGGGCUUGGCAGGGCUACUUGAUUCUCUUGACUUCUCGACAUUGGGAUCGCUCCUGCGUCUCAAUCUCUCAUAUAAUCAGCUCGGUGAGGUAAUUCCUCCGGCCAUCUCGACUCUCUCCAUGCUAGUAUCUCUUGAUCUCACUAGCAAUCAGUUCACAAGCAAAAUCCCAAUUGAGAUGAGCUCCAUGAAAGAUAUUCAGUUCUUGAGUCUUAGCCAGAAUCAAAUGGUUGGCGCUAUACCCCCAUCUCUGAGCAACCUCACCGGUCUUGUAUACUUGGACCUAGACAAUAAUAAGUUUGUGGGUGCCAUUCCUAAGGAGUUAGGGAGGCUCCACGAGUUGAUGUAUCUGGAUCUUGGGGCCAAUAGCCUAUUUGGUUCAAUCCCUUUUGGUCUAGGAAAUUUGACGAAGCUCUACCACUUGGGUCUUUACCAAAAUCAGUUAACUGGAGUCAUACCUCGAGAAUUGGAAAAUCUAGUUAAUCUCAUUUACUUAUCAGUCGCCAAUAAUAAUCUAACAGGUGGAGUUCUUUCUUCAUUUGGAAACUUAACCAAGCUACAAUCAUUUGUCCUAUGGAGAAAUAAGCUCUCAGGUCCUAUUCCUUUUGAGAUUGGAAACCUCGUUGAGGUUACCGAUCUCGACUUCUCAGAAAACCUAUUAACAAGUUCAAUUCCUUCCUCUAUAGGAAACAUGACCAAACUCAGAGAGCUAAGUGUAUUCAAUAAUCAGUUGUCUGGACUUUUGCCUAUGGAGAUCAACAACAUUAUUGGACUGACUUAUCUCCAAUUGGGAAAUAAUAACUUCGUCGGUCAUGUACCCCCAAACGUAUGCAAAGGUGGAACCCUAAAGCACCUCAGUCUUCAUACGAACAACUUCCAAGGUCUCAUUUCUACGACCUUGAAAAAUUGUACAGGAUUAGUGAGGGUGCGUCUUGAGCAUAACCAAUUCACCGGGGAUGUAUCUCAAUAUCUGGGAGUGUAUCCCCAUCUUUCUUAUAUGGAUUUGAGCUUCAAUCGACUCUCCGGUACACUCUCACCAGACUGGGCAAAAUGGCACAAUCUGACACUCUUCAGAAUCUCAAAUAACAAUAUCACCGGAGUCAUACCCACCGAGUUUGGGCAGUUGACGAAACUGCGAGAGCUGGACCUCUCUUCCAACGACCUCCAGGGAGAGAUCCCAAAUAGCUUCGGCAGCUUAACCCUUCUCUAUAAUCUGAGCUUGAGCAACAACCAACUCGUCGGCCAUGUGCCUCUGGAGAUUGGAAUGCUGUCCAAUCUUGAACUGCUUGAUCUCUCAUCCAACAACUUGGCAGGAAGAAUCCCAGAUCAAUUAGGCGACUGCAUGAAACUCCGAUCGUUGAUGCUUAACAACAACAACUUCAGUGGAACCAUUCCAUUGGCCAUUGGUAAUCUGGUGGUCCUUCAAGACACCUUUGACGUCAGCCACAACUCACUAACAGGGGAGAUUCCAUCCCAACUCAGCAAAUUGGUGAUGCUGCAAAGCCUGAAUCUAUCGCAUAAUUCCUUGUCGGGUCAUCUUCCAUCUUCGCUAACGUAUAUGACGAGCUUGUCUACCGUAGAUGUAUCCUACAAUGAACUGGACGGCCCUGUUCCUGAUAGCCCAGCUUUCCGAAGAGCCCCAGCGGAAUGGUUUGCCCAUAACAUUGAUCUAUGUGGAGUUGUUCGAGGAUUGCCUCCAUGUGUUUCACCCGGUACUCCAACAAGGAUUGCCUCCAUGGUUGUAAUAACCAUCAUUGCUUCCGUUGUCUUCUUCCUUCUCUUGUUUAUAUCCAUUGCAGCUGCUUUACGAUUCCACAAGAGAAAGAAGCCGCCAGUACCUGUUGAUAAUAAUCACGUGAAAGAAGGUGCAUUCUGUAUAUUGAAUUUUGUUGGAAGAGAUGUUUACAAGGGCAUCAUCGAAGCCACCGAAGAUUUCGAUGCCAAAUACUGUAUCGGAAGCGGUGCAUACGGCAGUGUCUACAGAGCAGAGUUAGCAAGUGGGGAACUGCUAGCGGUGAAGAAGAUUCACCUACCAGACACUGAAGGUACAUGCGACGAGCAACCCUUUCAAACUGAGAUACAAGCUCUUACUCAAAUUCGACAUCGCAAUAUCGUCAAGCUUUACGGGUUCUACUCCUCUCCCCGACGCAAAUUUCUGGUGUACGAGUACAUGGAGAGAGGAAGUCUGGGAUCUGUCCUCCGAAGCGAGAUUGCAGCUGAAUUGGACUGGGUGAAGAGGUUGAGCAUCGUUAAGGAUGUUGCUCGUGCUCUGUUCUACAUGCAUCAUGACUGCACACCGCCUAUCGUUCAUCGAGAUAUUACCAGCAACAACAUCCUACUUGAUUCCGAAUUCAAGGCUUGUGUUUCCGACUUUGGAAUUGCUCGACUACUGAAGCCGGAUUCAUCAAAUUGGACCAUGCUUGCAGGCACACGGGGUUACCUAGCACCAG